UGUAGAGUUGUUCAUUUUGUUCUUACUGGCACACAAUGAAAAAAAUUGUAAAAACUAGAAAGUCGGUGUUUAUACACAUACGUUCGUAAAUGCCCUCCACUAUCACAUGCUCCCUUCUCUCAGUUCUCUGUGUUCCAUUUACUCAUUAACAUGAUCAUCUUCAACCCUAUCAAAUUCUCCCCCAAACCCAAAUCAAACUUCUAAGUUCCAAGUUCUCUAACAUCACCACACAGAAAACUCAAAACAACAACACACACAUACACAAAACAAAAACACAAAAUGGGACAAGAAAACAACUUAACACAAAAGAGAACAACAAGCACAGGAGGAUUACCAACAACAACCACCACAACAACAACAAACUCACGUAACCGUACACUGCCACGUGGACGUCAGAUCCAAAAAACAUUCAACAACAUAAAGAUCACAAUCCUCUGCGGUUUCGUAACAAUCCUCGUCCUACGUGGCACAAUCGGCGUUAACCUCGGCACAUCACAGAACGAUGCGGUUAACGCCGCUGUUAUCGAGGAAACUAACCGUAUCCUCGCUGAGAUCCGAUCUGAUUCCGAUCCAUCUGAUCGGAAUCAGACCGAAACUUUUAUGAGUUUGAAUGAAACUUAUGCUCUUGGUCCUAAGAUCCUUAAUUGGGAUACUGAGAGAACAAGUUGGUUAGAUAAGAACCGUGAAUAUCCUAAUUUUGUUAAGGGGAAACCUAGGAUUUUGCUUCUUACUGGUUCGCCUCCGAAACCGUGUGAUAAUCCUAUUGGUGAUCAUUAUCUUUUGAAAUCUAUCAAGAAUAAGAUUGAUUAUUGCAGAUUGCAUGGCAUUGAAAUUGUGUACAACAUGGCUCACUUGGACAUGGAGCUCGCAGGUUACUGGGCCAAAUUGCCCAUGAUUCGAAGGCUCAUGUUAUCACAUCCUGAAGUGGAGUGGAUUUGGUGGAUGGACAGUGAUGCAUUCUUCACUGACAUGGUGUUUGAGCUUCCCAUGAGUAAAUAUAAAGAUUAUAAUAUGGUUAUUCAUGGGUAUCCUGAUUUGUUGUUCGAGCAGAAUUCUUGGAUUGCAAUCAACACAGGGAGCUUUUUGUUUCGCAAUUGCCAGUGGUCGUUGGAUUUGCUUGAUGCUUGGGCCCCUAUGGGUCCGAAAGGCCCAAUCCGAGAGGAGGCUGGGAAGAUUUUGACGGCAAAUCUCAAAGGAAGGCCAGCAUUCGAGGCUGAUGAUCAAUCGGCAUUGAUAUAUUUAUUGUUGUCAAAGAAGGACAAAUGGAUGGAGAAGGUAUUUCUUGAGAAUUCUUUUUAUUUGCAUGGUUAUUGGGCUGGGUUGGUUGAUCGGUAUGAAGAGAUGAUGGAGAAGUAUCAUCCGGGGCUUGGGGAUGAGAGGUGGCCUUUUGUGACGCAUUUCGUGGGGUGUAAGCCUUGUGGGAGUUAUGGAGAUUAUCCAGUAGAGAGAUGCCUUAGUAGCAUGGAGAGGGCUUUUAAUUUUGCAGAUAAUCAAGUGCUUAAACUCUAUGGGUUUAGGCACCGGGGAUUAUUAAGUCCUAAAAUCAAGCGGAUCAGAAAUGAGACCAUUACUCCUUUAGAGUUUGUAGACCAGUUUGAUAUACGAAGGCAACAUGAAGGCACCGUGGAACCAAAAAAUUAGAGUAAGGUUUCAAAUUGCAAUUGCGGAUUUUGAUAUAAUGGUUGUUAAUUGCAGUCAAUACAGCCUCAAUUGCUGUCACGACGCUAAAGAAACAUUGAUAUUUGAUUACACCUGAAACAUUCACAAUGCAGCGGUUACAGAAUAUAAUUUAAAACCAGAAGGAAAGUAACAUGUUUGGAGUGGUGAUGCUAUAGCCAAUAGGUGGACAUGUAACUUUUUCUCUUUCGUUAUGUCGUCUUUGGUAAGUUAAUGGGAAACUCAUAAGAUAAAAUUCUUUCAUACAAGUCAUUAUUUUUCUGUAGAGUUUGAGUAAUCAGUAAUUUUUGUUUACUGAUCUGCUGUAUACCGAGCAUCUUUGUGUGUUUUGAUUUUUAUUCAAUGUCCUGUUAAAAUUCAGGAAUUUGAUGUAAGCGACUCUAGUUCUGUUUCUGCUCUUACCAGCAGGCAGCAGCACCGCAAUUGAAAUAUUAAUGUUCACGACAGAAUGUCGAGGAAACAAAUAUAUGUUUUUCAUCUAAGUGAAUGUGAUUGUGAAGUAGUUUUUAUAGUAA